AUGAUACCAUAUUUCAAAGGAAAUUUACUAAAUGAUGUAGCUUGUUCCCAAGAAAAUGAUCGUUCAAACGUUUAAGACUUUAAGCUGAAAUAAUUUUUGAAAUAAGUAUUGAUAAAGACCCACUAAAAUGCUUUUGAUAAAAGAUUAAUUAAAUCUGUUGAGCUAACUAUUGAGGAAUAAUAAUAACUCUAGGAAGUAUUUAAUAGCAAAGACUUUAAAAUCUAAAGUGCAUAGAAAAAGAAAUACGUAUAAGAUCAUAAUAAGUCAAAGAAUGUUGAAAUAGAAAUUAAGGAUUAAUACCUAGAUCAUGAAAAAAUUAGAUAUCAAGAUGAAGUAUUUUCCUAAAAUUUAUCCCAUCCUUAUUAAAAAAAGUAGAAAAAAAGAAGUAACUCUGUACUUUCGUAAAAUGAUAUUUAGGGUCCAGAAAAAGAACCCUUGUCAACCUAUAAUAAAAAUGCUUUUGAUAACAAAAAUCAGAUUUAGCCAAAAUAUCUCUAGAAUAUCUGA